AUGACUGUUUUGAUAACUGAGGAUCCUGACAGGUCAAUCGAUGUUUACUUAAGGCUGUUGGUUGAUGAUCUCAAGGAUUUAUGGACAAACGGUGUGCACACGUACAAUAAAUCCACGGGGAAGAUGUUCACUUUGUGGGCAGCAGUUAUGUGGACUGUGAAUGAUUUUCCCGCAUAUGCAAUGGUUUCUGGGUGGAGCACAAAGGGUUAUAUGACAUACCCUGUAUGCAAGGAAGAUGUAACUUCUGAUUGGCACGCUGGAAAAGUUUGUUUACCUUGGUCAUCGGAGAUGGUUGCCAUGGGACCCCGAGUGGCGGGAAAAGGAUAA